AUGUCAGUUGGAGCGUACGCCCUCCCGGCGUUGCCGUACGCCUACGAUGCUCUGGAGCCUAGCAUAUCUGGCCAGAUCAUGGAGCUUCAUCACAGUAAGCACCACCAGGCUUAUGUUACCAACCUCAACAAUGCUCUCAAGACCUACGCCACCGCCAUCGCAUCCAACGACAUCGCCGGUCAGAUUGCCCUCCAGAGCGCCAUCAAGUUCAACGGAGGCGGCCACAUCAACCACUCCCUCUUCUGGGAGAACCUGACCCCUGCUAGCUCAGCCGACGCGAACCCCGAGAGCGCCCCUACCUUGAUGGCUGAGGUCGCCAAGACGUGGGGUGGCCUCGAGAGCUUCCAGGCCGCCAUGACCAAGACUCUCCUCGGUCUGCAGGGUAGCGGCUGGGGCUGGCUGGUCAAGGACUCCCAAGGCCUGCGCAUUGUGACGACCAAGGACCAGGAUCCGGUUGUCGGAGGUGAGGUGCCCAUCUUCGGCAUCGACAUGUGGGAACACGCCUACUAUCUGCAGUACCUCAACGGCAAGGCCGCUUACAUCGAUAACAUCUGGAAGGUCAUCAACUGGAAGACUUGCGAGGCCCGGUUCAUUGGCACUCGCGAGGAUGCCUUCAAGAUCCUCAGGGCUUCCAUCUAG